ACAACAACAAAAUAAUCACAUAUAAAAAUAUGCUGAUAAGAGAAUUGGCGGCCAUACUGGUCGCCUUCCUCUUGUGCCAUGUACGGCUCACGGCGUCUCAGGUUCCUACAACGAACGUCUUCACCUGUCCAAAUGGAUGGGAAUUACGAGGUAUACACUGUUACAAGUUCUUCAACAUCAGGCAUUCCUGGGAAAAAGCGGCGGAACUAUGCAGAAGGUACGGAAGCGAGUUGAUGGUGGUGGAAAGUUAUAGCGAGAACAACAUGACUGCAAGUAUGGUCGGCCGACAUUUGGACCGUUACUGGUUAGGACUCGCCUCGUUGGACGAUUUGCGAACUAACACGCUCGAAUCGGCCGCAGGAAUGCUAGUCUCCCAAUACGCUGGAUUCUGGGCAUCCAGGCAACCAAAUCCUCAAUCAGGAGAAUGCGUUGACGUUGCUUUGACGGACGAUCGUCAAACUUGGGAAUUAACAACCUGCGAAUCGCUUCUUCCUUUCAUGUGCCGAUCAGCAGCUUGUCCAGCCGGUUCUUUUCACUGUUCGAACGGUAAAUGCGUGAACGCUGCUUUCAAGUGUGACAAACAAGAUGACUGUGGUGAUUAUUCAGACGAAAUCGAUUGUCCGGUUAAUUGUCAAUUUUACAUGGCCAGUAGCGGUGACGUCGUUGAAAGUCCUAAUUAUCCUCACAAAUACGCACCUUUGGCAAAUUGCAAGUGGACUUUGGAAGGCCCCCAAGGUCACAACAUUCUGUUACAGUUUCAAGAAUUCGAAACGGAAAAGAGCUUCGACAUAGUACAGAUACUGGUAGGCGGUAGAACCGAAGAUAAAUCUGUAAAUCUAGCAACCCUCUCAGGGAAGCAAGAACUAAGCAAUAAGCUCUUCGUUUCGGCCUCGAACUUUAUGAUCAUUAAAUUCAGUACCGAUGCCUCGGUUGAGAGGAAAGGAUUCCGUGCUUCUUGGAAAACCGAGCCGCAAAUGUGCGGUGGUAUUCUUCGUGCUACUCCUCAAGGACAAGUAUUAACAUCGCCAGGUUAUCCGCAAAAUUACCCUGGUGGAUUGGAAUGUUUAUAUAUCCUGCAAGCUCAACCUGGAAGGAUAAUGUCUCUUGAGAUUGAAGAUUUGGAUUUAGAAAUGAAUCGUGAUUAUAUUCUCAUACGAGACGGUGAUUCGCCGAUGAGUCGUCCGAUAGCACGUCUAACAGGAAAAUCUGAGGAUAAUCCAACAGUUAUCAUGUCGACCAGCAACAAUCUUUAUCUUUAUUUCAAAACUAGUCUUGGCGAUUCGAGACGUGGUUUCAGUAUCUUAUACACUCAAGGAUGUAAAGCAACCGUCAUUGCGAAAAAUGGAACAGUUCAAUCACCGUCUUACGGUUUAAACGAUUACCCUAAUAAUCAAGAAUGUCUGUACAGAGUAAAAAAUCCUGACGGAGGACCGCUUUCUUUGAAGUUCGUCAACUUCAAUGUUCACAAGACUGAUUUUGUACAAAUAUACGAUGGUCCAAAUACAAAUGGAUUAAGAUUACAUCCAGGAAAUGGUUUUACUUCUAAUACUCGACCAAAAAUAACCCUAACCGCUGAGAGCGGAGAAAUGUUAGUUAGAUUUGCUUCCGAUGCUUUGCACAGCAGUACAGGCUGGCAAGCUGCUUUUUCAGCAGAUUGUCCUGCAUUGUUACCUGGCGAAGGAGCACUUGCAUCGAGUCGGGACACAGCUUUCGGAACGAUAGUAACAUUUUCGUGCCCGUUAGGACAAGAAUUUGCAACGGGAAAGCCAAAAAUUACCACGGAAUGUUUACCGGGAGGAAAUUGGUCGGUCACGUAUAUACCAAAAUGUCAGGAAGUAUAUUGUGGUCCUGUUCCGCAAAUAGAUAAUGGAUUUUCUAUUGGUUCGUCAAAUGUAACGUAUAAAGGAUUAGCCACUUAUCAAUGUUACGCUGGAUUUGCAUUCCCAUCUGGAAGACCUACGGAAAAAAUUUCUUGUUUGGCUGAUGGUAGAUGGGAAAAGAAACCGUCUUGUUUGGCAUCUCAGUGUGCACCACUUCCAGAAGCACCGCAUUCAAAUAUUACGAUUCUUAAUGGUGGUGGUCGUAGUUACGGUACCAUUGUCAGAUUCGAAUGUGAACCUGGUUACGUUAGAAGUGGUCAUCCGGUGAUACUUUGUAUGAGCAACGGUACAUGGUCCGACGAAGUGCCAACAUGUUCUCGUGCAAAGUGUCCGUUAUUACCUACAAUAAAGAACGGUUAUGUCGUCGACCCAACUAGAGAAUAUUAUUUUAACGAUGAAGCUAGGGUACAAUGUAACAGAGGUUACAAACUUACCGGAACGAACAUUAUUCAAUGUGGCCCUAAUCAAUUGUUUGACAAUGUACCAACUUGCGAAGACAUAAACGAGUGUGCAACCAGUCAAUGCGAUCUAGCUUCAACAGAAUGCAUUAAUAAUCCUGGGGCAUUCACUUGCAAGUGCAAACCAGGAUUCGCUCCAACCAUGGAGUGUCGUCCAAUAGGUGAUCUUGGUUUGAUAAAUGGUGGUAUUCCUGAUGAAUCUAUCACCGUUUCCAGCUCCGAGAAUGGAUACACGAAAUCUGGAGUACGUUUAAACAAUGGUGACGGAUGGUGCGGUAACAACGUUGAACCCGGUGCAAAUUGGGUAAUGAUCGAUAUGAAAGCACCAACUAUCAUUCGUGGUUUUCGUACCCAAGUUGUUGCUAGAGUCGAUGGCAAUAUCGCGUUCACGUCAGCAGUACGUAUUCAGUACACAGAUGAUCUAACGGAUACUUUCAAAGAUUAUACAAAUCCCGAUGGUACGCCAGUUGAAUUCCGAAUUUUGGAACCUACUCUAUCCGUACUGAACUUACCGGUACCGAUCGAGGCACGAUACAUCAAAUUUAGGAUGCAAGAUUACGUAGGUGCACCUUGUAUGAAAAUAGAAAUAAUGGGCUGCACGAGAUUGGAAUGUACCGAUAUUAAUGAGUGCGCCACGAGAAAUGGUGGCUGCCAUCAAAAAUGUAUCAACAAUCCUGGUAGUUACUCGUGCAUGUGCAAUACAGGUUUUGAACUUUACAAAAGUAACGGUACAGCAGGAUUUAAUAUUGAAAAGUCUGAAAAUGGUGAAAGGGAUGGGGAUUUGUAUCAGAGAAACAAGACUUGCGUACCUGUAAUGUGUCCUGCAUUAACUGCACCAGACAAUGGGAAAAUUUUGUCGACCAAAAACCAACAUCAUUUUGGCGACGUAGUUAGAUUCCAAUGUAACUUUGGUUACGUUUUAGCUGGUUCUACAGCUGUAAUUUGUACUUCCAGUGGCAUUUGGAACGGUACUACUCCCGAAUGUCAAUACGCCAAAUGUGUUUCGCUACCGGACGACAAAAACGAGGGACUUUCGGUGAUUCGUACCGAUGAAACAAGCGUUUUGGUUCCAUUCAAACAGAACGUAACUUUAAAAUGUGGCAGCAACGGACGUUAUUUGCGAAAUACUGCGACUUCUGGUUUUCGUCAAUGCGUUUACGAUCCAAAACCAGGUCUGCCGGAUUAUUGGCUGUCUGGUUUGCAGCCGGCUUGUCCACGUGCUGAUUGUGGCAAACCAUUGCCAACACCCGGUGCUGAAUAUGGUCAAUACAUCGAUACUAAAUAUCAAUCAUCUUUCUUCUUUGGUUGUCAAGAUACGUUUAAGUUAGCGGGACAAACUAAUCGUCAUGACAAUGUUGUACGUUGUCAAGCUAAUGGAGUUUGGGACUUUGGUAAUUUACGUUGCGAAGGUCCUGUUUGCGAGGAUCCUGGAAGACCAAGUGACGGUCAUCAAGUAGCUCGCAGUUAUGAGCAAGGCUCGGAAGUUCAAUUUGGAUGCAGUAGACCAGGAUAUAUUCUGAUAAAUCCACGACCAAUCGUUUGUGUUCGAGAACCAGAAUGUCGAGUCGUCAAACCACUUGGACUUACGUCUGGACGUAUACCUGAUUCAGCUAUCAAUGCAACAUCAGAAAGACCAAAUUACGAAGCGAGAAACAUUCGAUUGAACUCCGUUACUGGAUGGUGCGGCAAACAGGAAGCCUUUACUUACGUUAACGUGGAUCUUGGACAAGUUUACAGAGUCAAGGCAAUUCUAGUCAAAGGUGUGGUAACCAAUGAUAUCGUUGGUAGACCCACGGAAAUACGUUUCUUUUAUAAACAAGCUGAAAGCGAAAAUUACGUUGUUUAUUUUCCCAAUUUCAAUCUUACUAUGCGUGAUCCUGGAAACUAUGGUGAACUGGCUAUGAUUACUUUACCAAAAUACGUGCAAGCUCGUUUCGUGAUACUUGGUAUCGUCAGUUACAUGGAUAACGCUUGUCUUAAAUUCGAACUCAUGGGAUGUGAAGAACCAGUAGUUGAACCUCUAUUAGGUUACGAUUAUGGUUUCUCACCUUGUGUUGAUAAUGAACCACCAGUUUUCCAGAACUGUCCUCAGCAACCUAUAGUUGUUCAAAAGGGUACCGAUGGUGGUUUAUUACCAGUAAACUUCACCCAACCUAUUGCCAUAGACAACAGUGGUAGUAUUGCUCGAUUAGAAGUUAAACCACAAAGUUUCAGAACACCCAUUCGUGUAUUCGAAGACACCGUUGUGAAAUACGUGGCCUUUGAUUACGAUGGAAAUGUUGCUAUUUGCGAAAUUAACAUAACUGUACCAGAUUUAACACCACCCAAACUAAGUUGUCCUCAGAGUUAUGUGAUCGAACUCGUAGACAGACAAGAAAGUUAUUCGGUAAACUUCAAUGAAACACGAAGACGUAUAAAUGCUACUGAUGCGUCAGGUCCAGUAAGGGUUACUUUUGUACCAGAACGAGCUAUAAUACCAAUCGGUGGUUUCGAAAACGUGACAGUAUAUGCUACAGAUUCUAGUGGCAAUCGUGCCUCCUGUCAUUUCCAAGUAUCCGUACAAGCAACACCUUGCGUCGACUGGGAAUUAAAAUCCCCAGCCAAUGGUGGUUUAAAAUGUGUCCCAGGUGAUAAAGGCUUGCAAUGCAUAGCAACGUGCAAGAAUGGUUAUAGAUUUACCGAUGGUGCACCAGUAAAGACCUUCGUUUGUGACAUUAACAAACACUGGUCUCCAACUUCAGUCGUUCCAGACUGUGUAUCAGAAAAUACUCAACAAGCUGAUUAUCACGUGGUCGCAUCAGUAACUUAUCGAGCUAAUGGUGCAGUAUCACGUUCUUGUUUGCCACAAUACCAAGACCUAAUGACACAAUAUUAUAUUAAUCUAAAUGCUAUAUUAACUCAACGCUGUUCUGCUAUCAAUGUCAAUAUGAAUGUAUCGUUUGUUAGAUCGAUGCCUUUCUUAUUAGAAGAAAAUGUUUUGCAGAUGGACUUUGUUUUGGUGAUCGUUCCCGCUAUUCGUCAACCACAAGUAUACGAUCUAUGUGGUUCUACCAUAGGAUUAAUAUUCGAUCUUUCUGUACCAUAUGCAAGUAAAGUCAUAGAACCUCUGCUUAAUGUUUCAUCAAUUGGAAAUCAAUGUCCACCAUUACGUGCCUUAAAAUCAUCUAUCACGCGAGGAUUUACUUGUAGCAUUGGUGAAGUACUGAACAUGGACACGAACGAUGUACCUCGAUGUCUUCAUUGUCCGGCUGGUACUUUCGCUGGUGAACAACAAAAACAAUGUACAUCCUGUCAAAAAGGUUUCUACCAGAAUAGCGAUCGUCAAGGUUCAUGUUUACGUUGUCCUUUCGGAACAUAUACAAGAGAAGAAGGUUCCAAGAGUAUUGACGACUGUGUUCCAGUAUGUGGAUAUGGUACAUAUUCGCCAACUGGUCUGGUCCCGUGUUUAGAGUGUCCUAGAAAUAGUUACACCGGUGAACCACCAAUAGGUGGAUACAGAGAUUGCCAAACUUGCCCUGCUGGUACAUUUACUUAUCAACCAGCAGCACCAGGUCGUGAUCGUUGUCGAAACAAAUGUUCUCCUGGGAUGUAUUCGGAUACAGGAUUAGCACCAUGUGCUCAAUGUCCAAAAGACUUUUUCCAACCUCAGCACGGAGCCACAACAUGUAUAGAAUGUCCUACCAAUAUGUAUACCAACGGACUUGGAUCAGUGGGUCGAGAAGAAUGCAAGCCAGUGCAGUGUACGGAUAGCGUUUGUCAACAUGGAGGACUUUGCGUGCCUAUGGGACAUGGUGUACAAUGUAUAUGCCCAGCUGGUUUCUCUGGAAGACGUUGCGAAAUUGAUAUAGACGAGUGUGCUUCUCAACCUUGUUACAAUGGUGCCACGUGUAUCGAUCUACCUCAAGGUUACAGAUGUCAAUGUGCUAAUGGAUACUCUGGUAUUAAUUGUCAAGAAGAAAAAUCCGACUGCAGUAACAAUACUUGUCCUGAGAGAGCUAUGUGCAAAGACGAGCCUGGCUUUAAUAAUUACACCUGUCUUUGCAGAUCUGGUUAUACCGGCGUUGAUUGCGACAUAACGAUUAAUCCAUGUACGGCUAGCGGGAAUCCAUGCAAUAAUGGUGCAUCUUGUGUAGCAUUACAACAGGGUCGAUACAAAUGCGAGUGCUUGCCAGGUUGGGAAGGUCAAAGUUGCGAAAUCAAUACAGAUGAUUGCGCUGAAAGACCUUGCCUGCUUGGCGCCAAUUGCACCGAUCUCGUGGCCGAUUUCAAUUGUAAUUGUCCACCCGGAUUUACUGGCAAACGUUGUCACGAAAAGAUUGAUCUUUGUUCUGGAAAUCCUUGUCUCAAUGGUAUAUGCGUUGACAAAUUGUUCAGUCAUGAAUGUAUCUGCGAUCCAGGAUGGACCGGUGCAGCUUGUGAAAUUAACAUCAAUGAAUGUGCCGGUAAACCUUGUCGUAAUAACGGACAAUGCCUCGAUCAGGUAGAUGGCUAUACUUGCACCUGCGAGCCAGGAUACACUGGCAAACAAUGUCAGCAUACAAUCGAUGAUUGUGCAUCGGAUCCAUGCCAAAAUGGUGCAACGUGUAUAGAUCAGCUCGAAGGUUUUCUCUGCAAAUGUAGACCUGGUUUCGUCGGACUUCAAUGCGAAGCUGAGAUCGAUGAAUGCCAAAGUGAUCCUUGCAAUCCUGUUGGAACGGAACGUUGCGUGGAUUUGGACAAUACUUUUGUUUGUCAGUGUCGUGAAGGUUACACCGGAUCAGCUUGCGAAGUCAACAUCAACGAUUGUGCUUCCGAUCCAUGUUUAAACGGUGCUACUUGCAGAGACGAAGUUUCAGGUUUCAAAUGUAUGUGCCUUGAAGGUUGGUCCGGAGUUCAUUGCGAGAUCGAUGUUGGAAUGUGUCAAAAUCAUCCAUGUCAAAACGAUGCAGCCUGUGUCGAUCUUUUCUUGGAUUACUUCUGCGUCUGUCCUUCUGGAACUGACGGUAAACAAUGCGAAACUGCACCUGAACGUUGUAUAGGUAAUCCUUGUAUGCAUCAUGGACGUUGUCAAGAUUUUGGUUCCGGACUUAACUGCACUUGUCCUGAUGACUAUACCGGUAUUGGUUGUCAGUAUGAGUACGAUGCUUGCCAAGCUGGCGCAUGUAAAAAUGGAGCAACUUGUAUCGAUGAUGGCCCUGGUUUUACUUGCAUCUGUCCACCAGGCUACACUGGUAAAACAUGCGAAGAUGAUAUUAUUGAUUGUAAAGAUAAUUCUUGUCCACCAUCGGCAACGUGUAUUGAUUUAACUGGAAAGUUCUUCUGUCAAUGUCCAUUUAAUUUAACCGGAGACGAUUGUAGGAAAUCUAUACAAGUUGAUUAUGAUUUAUACUUCGGUGACCCGGCACGUAGCAGUGCAUCACAAAUUAUUCCAUUCUUUACUGGAACAAGAAAGAGUUUGACCGUAGCCAUGUGGGUACAAUUUACGCAAAAAGAUGAGGCUGGUACUUUCUUCACCCUUUAUGCCGUAAGUUCACCACACGUCCCAACAAAUCGUCGACCUAUGGUACAAGCCCAUAGUAACGGUGUCCAAGUAUCACUAUUCCAUGAUUUACAAGAUGUCUAUUUACCAUUCAGAGAAUAUGCAACUAUCAAUGAUGGCCAAUGGCAUCAUGUUGCUGUUGUCUGGAAUGGAGAAAACGGUGGUGAACUCGUAUUAAUUACUGAAGGUUUAAUUGCUAGCAAAACAGAAGGAUAUGGAAGUGGUAGAUCUCUUCCAGCAUAUGCUUGGGCAAUAUUGGGUAAACCUCAAAGUGAAAAUCCGAAAGGAUACACGGAAUCUGGUUUCCAAGGACACUUGACAAAAGUACAGAUUUGGAAUCGUGCGCUUCACGUUACGAAUGAGAUACAGAAACAAGUUAGAGAUUGUAGAACCGAACCGGUUCUUUAUCAAGGAUUAGUUUUGACCUGGGCAGGAUACGACGAAACGGUUGGUGGUGUAGAACGCGUAGUUCCAUCACACUGUGGACAAAGGGUAUGCCCACCUGGUUAUGGUGGUAACAAAUGCCAACAAUUGGAAGCUGAUAAAAUUCCACCAAAAGUAGAACAUUGUCCUGGUGAUCUUUGGGUUAUCGCUAAAAAUGGUUCUUCCAUUGUUACUUGGGACGAACCUCGUUUCAGUGACAAUGUUGGUAUAGUUAAGGUUCAAGAACGAAGUGGUCAUAGAUCUGGACAAACUUUGUUAUGGGGUACUUACGAUAUCAGUUAUGUGGCUUAUGACCAAGCCGGAAACUCUGCCAGUUGUAAUUUUAAAGUCUAUGUAUUAUCCGAUUUUUGUCCCGAACUUGCUGAUCCGAUCGGAGGAAUGCAACAAUGCAAAGAUUGGGGUUCCGGUGGUCAAUUCAAAGUUUGUGAGAUUUCAUGUAAUCAAGGAUUACGAUUUUCUCAAGAGGUUCCUAAAUUUUAUACUUGCGGCGCCGAAGGAUUCUGGAGACCUACUUACGAUCCUAAUUUACCAUUGAUUUACCCUGCAUGUACAAGUUCAACCCCGGCACAACGUGUGUUUAGAAUAAAAAUGAACUUCCCUACUUCAGUUCUAUGUAACGAGGCUGGUCAAGGUGUUCUCAAACAAAAGGUCCGAAAUGCUGUCAAUUCUCUCAAUAGGGAUUGGAACUUCUGUUCUUAUUCUUACGAAGGUACACGCGAGUGCAAGGAUUUGAACAUCGACGUUCAGUGUGACCACCGAAUAAGAACAACAAGAGAAGCAAGCGAGGAAGACGGUGGAAUGUACAUUAUUUCAGCUGUCGUACCAGCAGAACCAACGAGACAGGCACGCCAAGGAAGCGAUACCUAUGAGGUGGAGAUCUCGUUCCCAGCGAUAAACGAUCCUAUACUGAAUGCCAAUUCUAAUGAACGAGCGACGGUACAAUCCUUACUUGAAAAACUUAUCCUCGAGGAAGAUCAAUUUGACGUACACGAUAUUUUACCGAACACAGUACCAGACCCAGCGUCAUUGACAUUAAAGUCCGAUUAUGCUUGUCCAGUUGGUCAAGUUGUAAUGGCACCUGAUUGCGUACCGUGCGCGGUGGGCACUUAUUACGAAGAAGAAACUCAACGUUGUGUCUCCUGUCCCGUGGGCACUUAUCAAAGUGAAUCCGGCCGAACAAAAUGCAGCUCGUGUCCUGUAAUUGCUGGUCGACCUAGCGUAACUGUUGGAGUUGGUGCACGAAGUGCUGCAGAUUGUAAAGAACGAUGCCCAGCAGGAAAGUAUUACGACGAUGCAGCUGGUUUGUGUCGUAGCUGUGGACACGGAUUUUAUCAACCGAACGAGGGUAGUUUCUCUUGCUUGCUAUGCGGUCUUGGAAAAACUACUAGGACAGCAGAAGCUGUUUCUCGCGAAGAAUGCAGAGACGAAUGCGGUUCUGGACAACAAUUAGCCGUUGAAGGCAAAUGUGAACCCUGUCCAAGAGGUACCUAUCGUACACAAGGUGUUCAAGCAUCUUGCCAAGCUUGUCCAGUUGGUAGAACAACCCCAAAUGUAGGCUCGGCAGCCAUCGAAGAAUGUUCUUUACCAGUUUGCGAGCCUGGUACUCAUUUGAACGGUACACUUAACGAAUGUAUACAAUGUAAAAAGGGCACUUAUCAAUCGGAACCUCAACAAACCUUUUGUAUACCUUGCCCACCCAACACCAGUACCAAAGGACCAGCAGCAACCAGCAAAUUCGAUUGCACCAACCCAUGCGAGACCAGUGGCGAAGAAAUGCAUUGCGACGCCAAUGCAUAUUGUUUACUCAUACCAGAAACAAGUGACUUCAAAUGUGAAUGUAAACCGGGAUAUAACGGUACCGGAACGGAAUGUACGGAUGUUUGCAUGGGAUACUGCGACAACGAGGGUCUAUGUGUGAAAGAUUCCAGAGGACAACCAUCUUGCAGGUGUAGCGGUAGUUUCACAGGCAAACAUUGCACUGAAAAAUCGGAAUUCUUUUAUAUUACCGGUGGUAUCGCAGGAGGAGUUAUUCUCAUCAUCUUUGUUGUUCUCUUGGUCUGGAUGAUCUGCGUUAGAGCAUCUCGUAAAAAGGAACCUAAGAAAAUGCUAACUCCAGCCACCGAUCAAAAUGGUUCACAAGUAAACUUCUAUUACGGUGCACCAACACCUUACGCCGAAUCGAUAGCACCAUCUCAUCAUAGCACUUAUGCUCAUUACUAUGACGACGAGGAAGACGGCUGGGAAAUGCCUAAUUUUUAUAACGAAACUUAUAUGAAAGAAAGCCUACACAAUGGAGGAAAGAUGAACAGUCUAGCUCGUUCAAAUGCAAGUAUAUACGGCACGAAGGAUGAUCUGUACGAUAGGCUGAAACGUCACGCGUAUCCCGGGAAGAAAGACAAGAGUGAUAGUGACAGCGAAGGUCAGUGAGUCGUCGUCCCUGCCCCCACGGUGAGAGAGAAAGAGAUAGAGAGAUAGAUAGAGAAAGAGAGAGAGAGA